CUCUUCUUUCUUGUUUUACACAUAAAGGUUAUAUAUGUUUCUAUUUUAGCGUUAGGUAUUUUUACUUGUCAACACGUGUUUUGAGAUACACAACAAAUUAGUGAUUUUUAAUUAGAAAUACAGUAGAAAUGUCUGUUAUACAACGUGUGGUUAAACCAACUACACGGAAAGGCAAGAAAGUGUUGUUAAAGAAAGAACCGCAACUUAUCGAAGGACCUAAAAGAGCUCUAUUUUUCCAAGGAAGGAAGUGCUCAGAGAAAAUACAAAGUUUACUAAAGGAUCUAUACGACUUUAAGAAACCGGAUGCUGUUAAAUUGAAUAGAAAAAAUGAUAUCAACAUAUUUGAGAAUUCAAAACCCGUUGAAGAUCUCUGUAAAAAAUAUGAGACACCGCUAUUUAUGUUGGGAUCAAGGAGUAAAAAAAGGCCAGAUAACUUAGUAGUAGGAAGAAUGUUUAAUUAUAAUUUAUUAGAUAUGAUUGAGUUAUAUGUAGAGUCUUAUGAAGGUUUAAAAGAAUUUGCUGCAUCAAAAAUCACUGUUGGUACUAAACCAUGUCUACUCUUCAAUGGUGCCUUGUGGGAGCAAAUGGAUGAAUUGAAGCAAUUGAAAUCAUUGUUUAUAGACUUUUUUCACAGAGAAUGUGUAGAAAAUAUCAGGCUACAAGGUAUAGAGCAUAGUAUAAGUUUCAAUGCUACGCCUGAUGGAAAAAUACUGUUAAGAUCUUACAAAAUUUUGCUAAAAAAGUCUGGUGAGAGAAUACCACGGGUGGAACUGGAAGAAAUUGGACCCAGAAUUGAUUUCUCUCUAAGACGAUCAAAAUUACCUGAUGAAGAUUUGAUGAAAGAAGCCUGCCGCAAACCCAAAGAACUUAAAGUCACUAAAAAGAAAAAUAUCAGUACUGACAAUUUGGGUAACAAACAAGGUCGUAUACAUCUUGGUAAACAAGAAAUCAAAAACAUACAAACUAGGAAAAUGAAAGGUUUAAAGAAGACUGCAGCUGAAAGGAAAGCAGAAAAAGCAAAGAUACUUAGAGCUGUAAACUCACAAGAACAUCCAGUUGUAAAUGGUCAUAAUGAGAGAUAGUAUCUAAAAGUAAUGUUUAUUUUUAUGUGUCCUUUUCCACUUUUAAAGUGAAUUCUACACUCCAUGAGAGUAUGAAUAAUACAAGUUAUUCCAGUUUGUACUUUACUCUUGCUAAAAUUUAUUAUUAUUAUGAAUAAAUUAUGAAAUGUAAAUAUAUUGUAUAAAGGUAGCACUCAAAAUGGAAUAAACUACUCUUAUUUCUUCAACUGUUUGAUAGUAAAUACGUAAAAAGAGUAACUCUCGAAGUGGAAUCAUUUCAUUUGUAUUGAUUAACUGCAUAAUUGAAUUUUGUCAUUCCAUCAAUUACAGUUUACAAUUUCUACAAGAACAAAACCAAAAA